AUGAAAGUGUCCGACGACAUCGGGUACGUGAUCUACUCAGCGCUGGGCAGCUUCUACAUUCCAUCGUGCAUCAUGGUGUUCGUGUACAUCAGGAUAUACUUCGCGGCGAAGGCGAGGGCCAGGCGCGGCAUCAGGAAGAACCCGAGGCCCAGAUCGAACGAGCAACAGACCAGUUUCUCGAAUCCUCCGAAGGGAACUCAUCCGAUGCCUUCCUCAUCCCUGUCGAUGCCGACGGGUGUAGAUGCUAGUAAUUCUAAUAAUAAUAGGGAAACACAAAUAUCGACAAUAGAGACUCAGCAAGUGCCAAUUCCUACGGUGACCUGCGAUUUCGCGUCGGAUAUUUCGACGAGCGAAGCGGGGGACACCGCGCCGCCACCUGACGAGAGGAAAGAUACUUUGAAGAACUCGAACCCAGUUUCUACCUUGCUUAAUGCUAUGGAGGCGGUCGCUAUCAAUGUGGAGUGUAUGUCAUAUAUGUGUUUGUCAUAUGAGGUGGUGACAUCAGCGCAAGUGACACGAAACCCUCUCGCCACGUGUGCCUACAGACAUUCCACUCUAUCAGUGAACGGCGAGCUCGCCUUGCAGUCCCAGCGGUGCAGAGCGCCCAGUGUCGCCAUCGACACCGACAUGGUUUCCGAACUGGAACCUUCGUCGUCCGACUCAGGCGUCGCGACGCGCUGCGCCGUCGUCAAACCGUUGAAACUCCGGAUAUGCCAACCGAUAUUCGGAAAGAAAUCCGACAAAAAACAUGAGAAAUCUCAACCUUCGAAAUCUGAGCUCGAACCGGCUCUACCGAAGCAGCACAAACCGAGAGACCCGGAGAGAGAAAAGCGAAGAUUAGCUAGGAAAAAGGAGAAGAGGGCGACGCUCAUUUUGGGUUUGAUCAUGGGCAGCUUCAUAGCUUGCUGGCUUCCUUUCUUCUUCCUGUACAUCCUGAAGGCGGCGUGUCGACGGUGCGUCAUCCCGGGCAGCGCGUUCGCGAUCGCCUUCUGGCUGGGCUACAUGAACUCCGUGCUGAAUCCGGUCAUAUACACGAUAUUCAACAAGGAUUUCCGAAGGGCCUUCAGACGGAUACUGUUCAAGUGA